UUCUGUCCGAACCGUCUCAGAUCGCAGCUUCCUUUCCGAGCAGUGUGCUUUGGUGUGGCUCAUUACUUUCGCACCACCUACUUUUCCCCGAGAAACGUGCGAUAAUCGUAACUCACCGUCGUGUGGCCGCUUGUAGUAGUUGUAUCGCACGCCAAGCAAAACACGAGGCACGGAUUCCGCGCGGAAGUCGGUAGUCUAGAUACGACGCACUUCCAGUGUAAACGAAGCGCUUCUGCUUGCGGACCACCGACAGCACCACGCGAAGUUGAUUCUUAGCUCUUGGAAAGAUAAAUUACUCGAAACAAACAUGUCUCUCAACCCGACGACGGAUGACCUACGGGCCGAGAUUCGGGCCAUUCUGAAAGAUGCAAAUCUGGAGGAAACGGCCGUCAAGAAGGUGCGCCUGCAGCUGGAGCAGAACCUAAGCUGCGAUCUGUCCUCGCGGAAGAAAGAAGUUGACAAUCUUGUCAUGCAGUACGUUAACUCGCAGGCGUCCUCAAAUAGUGAGGGUGAAGAAGAAGGCGAAGAUGGUGAUUACGCAGACAACGGGGGCAAAAAGGGGCCCAAGAAGGCGGCCGGCAGAAAGAGCAAACCCAGCAAAAGCAGUGACUACGAAGUGGACGAGGAUGAGGAUGAAGGGGAGGAGGAAGAUGAAGACGAUGACGACGAAGACUACUCAGAGGACGAGAAGCCAAAGGGUGGUCGGAAGAGUGGCACUGGUAAGCGUGGUACGCCUGGCAAGCGUGGUCCUGCGCCGAAAAAGAAGAAGCGAACCUCGGAUAGCGAAGAAUCGGGUUCGGGUGAGGACGAGGAGGAACAGGGUAGUGACGAAGACUACAGUCCUCAGAAGGGGGCAAAGGGAGCCAAAGGGGCCAAGGGAAAGAAGCGCAAGGAUAACUCGGAUUCCGAUUCCGACGAGGACUGGAAGCAAGCGAAGAAACCGAAAGCUAAAGGCAAAGCUGCCCCUGCGGGAGGAGCCAAGAAGAGCCGUACUGGCUUUACUCGUCCGUACACACUGUCUGCCGAUCUGGCGGCACUUUGCGGGGCCGAAUCGUUACCGCGCCACGAGGUGGUGAAGAAGAUUUGGACCAUCAUCAAAGAACGCAACCUGUACGAUCCGAAGAACAAACAGUUUGCUAUCUGUGACGCUCAGCUGCAGAAAGUAAUCGGCGUCAAACGGUUCCGCACGUUCGGAAUGCUCAAAUAUUUAAAGCCGCACUUUAAGGACUAGAGCAGCGCGACUACCUUGAAGGAGCGGAAAGUAACGAUAACAUUAAUAUUAUUGUGUAAAGCAUCGGCAGCGCGUGGAACCACGGAGCCCCAUUUUUUUCAAUUUCUUUCCUUGAUUAUAUUCUUCGAACGCAGCUCGGAAUCGGAUGCAGGGCCGGUUUUUAACGUCGCGACGAGCAGCAUACUCUGCAAAUUAUGUUAGUCAAUAGGCAAUAGUCAACGCGAUCAACGGCGCGGAGAAUUUCGCAUAAAUCUCUAUCAUUCAAACCGCCCACCAGCGUGAUAAUAUUCUCAAAUGUGAACAAAUCGAUUAAUGAUACAAUUGUAUGAGCAAUUAACCAACGGUGUGCACACGUGGCGUGGGACGACAUCGGAGGAAUUCGCUGCUUCGUAAACGAACUGAAUGCAUAUUAAUGCAUCUCUUUCAUUGCCCGAAAUAGAUUUUACAGCAAGUAUAACGAAGGUGGCCAUCUGGCAGCACCGACGGAGAUGGAACUCAAAAAUAAUCACAAAACACAACAACCGAAUAGCCAAAUUGGAUUGAAAAACGUGUGAAAAGCGACGAACGCGGUGCAAUUCAAUGAUGAGUACACAUAAAACU